AUGAACGAAAAUCUAUUUGCCCCUUUCGUCUGCCCUACUAUUAUAGGUCUCUCAACCCUCCCCGUAAUCAUAUUAUUUCCAUGCCUAAUUUUUUCAACACCCAAACGUUGACUUCCUAACCGAAUCCAAAUUCUACAAAUCUGACUUAUCCGACUCAUUACUAAACAAAUAAUAUCUAUACACAAUAAUAUCGGUCGUACAUGAGCCCUAAUACUCAUAACCCUUAUUUUAUUUAUUGCUACUACUAAUUUAUUAGGCCUUCUACCCUAUUCAUUUACUCCUACUACACAACUUUCAAUAAAUAUUAGUAUAGCAAUUCCCCUUUGAAUAGGAACAGUAAUUCUAGGCUUUCGUAAUAAACCAAAAGCCUCACUUGCCCACUUCCUACCUCAAGGUACUCCAACACCUCUUAUUCCCAUGCUAAUUAUUAUUGAAACAAUUAGCCUGCUUAUUCAACCGCUAGCCCUAGCAGUACGGUUAACUGCUAACAUCACCGCUGGCCACCUUUUAAUUCAUCUCAUUGGCUCCGCCGCCUUAGCUCUUAUAUCCAUUAAUAUUUUACUAUCCUCCGUUACACUCAUUAUCCUCUUUCUGCUAACAAUCUUAGAAUUAGCCGUAGCCCUAAUUCAAGCCUACGUAUUUACCCUUUUAGUAAGCCUGUACUUACACGAUAAUUCUUAG